GCGCAUUGAUGAUUGUGUUUAUUUUGUGCACCUGCUGAUCUGACGUUGGCUUUAGUUUAACAUUUUACUUUUGAAAGCUACGGCGUAUUCAGGAAAUCUUUUGAUGCAUGCAAGAUGACUUCCGUACGAGUAAGGAGCAGACGCGUGCUUCUCAGGGACAACGCAACCAUAGGACCCGCUGUUGUGGAGAUCACUAAUGGCAAGAUUACAAGAAUAAUGGAAGGGAAAGGUUACAAUGGUCACUGGGAUGCACAAAAGGAUAUUGAUGCUGGUAGUCACCUUGUCAUGCCCGGUAUUGUCGACAGUCACGUCCACGUGAACGAACCAGGACGUACGGAAUGGGAGGGAUAUGAAACGGCCACCAAAGCUGCAGCUGCCGGAGGGAUAACCACCAUCGUGGACAUGCCCCUAAAUUGUAUUCCGUCGACCAUCACUCUAGAUGCCUUCCGGACGAAAUUGGACUACGCGGCCAAGAUGGCGUACGUUGACGUUGCAUUCUGGGGCGGUGUGGUACCGGGAAAUCAGCUGGAGUUGAAGCCGAUGAUUCGUGCCGGGAUCUCCGGCUUCAAGUGUUUCCUCAUUCACAGCGGGGUGGACGAAUUUCCCCACGUGACGGAGGCAGACCUGCACAAAGCCAUGAAGGAACUGCAAGGGACAGACAGUGUACUUCUGUUUCACGCGGAAGUGGAGACCAAUCUUCCUCCGGACGAAAGCGAGACGUCCCCAACUGCCUACGAGACUUUCCUCAAAUCCCGUCCGAAAGCCAUGGAGAACGAGGCCAUCCGAUUGGUUGCCAGAUUGUGCUUGCAGUAUAGAGUCCCUUGCCACAUUGUUCACCUCUCUUCGGCCGAGGCCCUACCCAUAAUCCUCGACGCCCGUAAGCAGGGCGCUCCCAUCACCGUGGAAACCUGCCAUCACUACCUCUCAUUGGAUGCGGAGACCGUGCCGAGUGGAGCAACACAGUUCAAAUGCUGCCCACCAAUCAGAGAACAAGAAAAUCAGGCCAGGCUUUGGUCGGCUGUGAACAAUGGUGACAUCGAUCUGAUCGUGUCCGAUCACUCACCAUGCACCGCCGACCUCAAGCUGACUCAAGAGGGAGACUUCAUGAAAGCGUGGGGCGGAAUUUCUUCCCUACAGUUCGGAUUAUCGCUUUUUUGGACGGGGUCACGGAGCCGGGGCAUGCAUAUUCAUGAACUGGUCCGCCUGAUGUGUGAACGGACAGCCCUAUUGGCUGGUCUAGCCGACCGGAAGGGGCAACUCAAAGUGGGCAUGGACGGGGACCUGGUGAUCUGGGACCCAGAAGCCGAGUUUCAGGUUACUCGGGACAAGAUACAGCAUCGCAACAAGCUGACCCCGUACGAGGGCAAAGUCCUGAAGGGCGUGAUCCACAAGACUCUUGUGCGGGGUCAGGCGGUGUACGACAGGGGGCAACACUCCCAAGCUCCGUUGGGGAAGCUGCUGUUUCGGGGGCAGCAUGCCAGCUCAAACCUGUGAAGGGUCGGUUGUCCCUGAAUAAAAUAAAAUCAUAACAUAAAACAAGUUAUAAUAAUUACCAGGAAUGGGUCAUUAGGGAGACUUUCCCAUAGACUUGUGCACACAUUUUUCAAACUUAAAUGUGACCUAACCUGAUAUUCCCUUGUCCUUUUUCCAUGAAUUUUGGUAUGUUUACUAAUUAAACCACGAGCAACAAAUAUAACCUAAUUUUGCGACAGUAAAAUUUUGCCUCUGAAGGGGGGCUAUGCGAUUAGGGAGACAGUUAUGUGUCUCCCUAAUAACCGGUGUCUCCCUAUUAU